AAAAAAAUUAAGGAAGGCUGUUAAUUUUUUUGCCCUACUAAAGCUUACCGCUACCAAAAGGCAUUAAACUUUAACAACUUACUUGCACUUUGCAGCAAUAAAAAUUAUAAUACGAUCUUUAGCAUAAAAUCUCACGUGUACCGCUACUGCCGUAAUCUCGAAUUGGUAUCUAGUUCUCGCGAAAUAAUUCUUCAGUUGAUAUUAAAACAUCGAAGAAGAAGAACUUAAAAGUGAUUCGUUGAUGGACUAGAGAUGGCUACGGAGAAGAUACGUUUUUUAUGUCUGAUUGCGCUAGUUCUCGUUAUUGGGAGCGACGGCGCUCCGAAAAAGUCCAAAAGAGGCGGUGAACAAACUCCGCAAACUGUUUACGAUCAGAAGCAAACCGGCGAUUACAAUAUACAACUGCAUUUGAAAGAUUUUCAAAUUAUCGCCGUGUUAGGAGAUGAUACUGCCAAUUUCGGGGAUUACGACUACAGCUACGACUACUCCGAUUUUACAAUAAAACCAGCUACACAUAAGCCAACAGAGUCGCCAAUAUCCUCAUCACCUUUACCACCAAUUCCAUCUACCACUUAUAAACCAACAACCGCUUCUUCAUCUACCAAGCCACCCUACCAACCAUAUCCAUUUAUACACCCGAGCUCAGAAAAACCAGCAAAAGAUCCACCAAAACCGGAAGAAAAACCAUCAACUUCCUCAAAACCACUCGUACACGAUAAACCGUUUGUAAGCGAGAAACCACUUGUACAAGAGAAACCAUUUAUUAAUGAGAAUGUUCCACUUAUAGUCGCAAAGCCGCUUAUAAAUGAGAAACCGCUUAUAAACGACAAACCACUUGAACCACAAAUCGAAAUAUCCGUAAAUUCUAGCGCCGUCGCUUUGAAUACGACGCAAAAAAAUUCAAAAUUGGAUGAUUUCAGUGCUCCCGGUAGAAUUAAAGUGCAGAUAAUAGAGACACCUACACCUGUGCAAAUUGGCGUGGUUCCUGGUGAAGAUCUCGCCGAUCAGAACGAAACGUUGCCGCAGGGAGAAAUUCUGCAUUUUAAAAGGUGCGCUCAGGGGUUUACUAGGGAUAAAAGGGGGAGAUGUAGGAGGGUUAGAAGGCCUGGAAAUGUUCAGCCGCAAUUAUCGUAUGGUUUUAGUAGGUUAGCAAGUAACCUAGCGUCCAGAUUUCGUCAAACGUCAGAAGAGAGUUCAGCGUCUUCCUCCGAGUCAAAAGAAGACUAAUCGCUUAACUAAUUUUUAAAUUAUUUUUCGUAUUAAGGAGACAUAUUUUAAAAGACUUUUAUAUAAAAGAAAUGCACAUGAAGGUGCCAUAAUUAAGAAGUAAUAACAGUUAUAAUUAAUAUCUGAUUCUAAAAUACUAAAAUCGAUCUCUAUUUAUUAAUAAUUAGACAGUACCUAUGAUGCUCAAUAAAUUAUAUUAUUUAUUUAAAAAAGUAGUAGAAUAAUAAAUACGAUUUUAUAUUUUUA